AUGGUCCAAGCGAUUAGAAGUGUUUAUAAGCAGCAAAACAAUCAUACAUUGCCUUCAAUUUAUAAUGAUAAUGAUGAACCACCAUAUUAUAUUCAACCAAUUGAUAUGACUCGACGAGCGUUGAAUCAAAAACAUGAUCUUCAGAGAAAGAAUCUUUUAUUGGUUAAUUUUAAUCAACAUACUGAUGGAAGAGGAUUUCGUCAACAGAUUUGGACACAUAUGUGUCCGAAAAAUAAUCGAGCUCCAUUUAUAACAUGUUUAUAUAAGUCACCUAGUUUCGAUAUGUCAUAUAUUUCAGAUAUCUAUGCACGAAAUCGUCAAUAUUUAUUUUGGUUAUCACCACGUGGAAAUGGAAUUGAUUGUUAUCGUACAUGGAAAGCGUUGUAUCUUGAUGCAAUACCGAUUGUUUGGAACUCAUCAUUGACUAUUCUCUAUGAACAUUUGCCUGUUGUAAUUAUUCAAAAUUAUACAGACAUCAACGGAACAUUUUUACGCGAGAAACUACAUGAAAUAUCAAUGAAGAAAUAUUUUCGAAUGAAUCAAGUGUAUCGAUUUGAAAAAUUACGAAAUGCAUAUUGGCGCCGAUUGAUUUUGAAUAAAUCAAGACAUUCAUUGAAAAAUAACAAUAUACGAAUCAAUUGA